AGGGUGAAAGGAAUAAAAUGGCACAAUAAUUCUCAAUCAUAAUGUAAGUUUUUCACGGGGAUGGUAAUACAGCAUGGAGAAUAGAGUCAAUGAUUCUGUAACAUCUUAGUAUGCUGAUAGAUAGUAAAUGCACUGGAGGGGUGAGGAUUUAAUACUAUGGGUAGGUGUUUGAACCACUGUGUUGUAUAGUUGAAACCAACAUAAGAAUGUAUAUCAGCGAUACUUCAAUUAAAAAAUGAAAAUGAACAGUCUAAUUUACUUGUGAUACAAUAAUAAUUGUAAUAUACAUUUAAUUGGAACACUGUGCCCAACUGUAGAAAAAAAUGCAUCUUUUCAAGGGUACAGAGAACAUUUACCUUGAUAGGGCCUAUUCUGUUCCAUAAAAUCUCAAGAAAUUUUAAAUGGUUGAAAUCAUAAGAAAUAUGUUCUCUGACAACUACAAAACAGUACUUAACUGUAAAUGUCUAUAUUAUAAAAGAAGAAUAUCAUGUAAGUAACCUGUCAUACAUUAAGAAACCGGAAAAUGAGUGAAAAAAACUGUAAACAAGUAGAAGGAAGGGAAUAAUAAAGAGUAGAAAUCAAUGAAAUAGAAAACAGAAUAUGUAGGAAAUCAAUGAAGCCAAAGGUGGUUUUUUGAGAUCGGUGAAGUUGAUUAUUCUCCAGGCAAAUGAAGAAAAAAAAGGAAGACAUACUUUAACAAAAUCAGGAAUGAACAGAGGUAACAUCACUAUGGUCUUCACAGAUAUUAAAAGGAUAGUAACGUAGUAGUCUGAAUAACUUUGUGUGCUUAGGUAUUUUAUUCUGGUUGAAGGGUAAGCCACGACCUCAGGCAAGAUACAUCCCCUAUAAUAUGUGGCCAAAGCAUCCCUAACAAUGCCAAAUAAAUGAUUUCCAAAGUACGUCAUAGGGCCAUUCAGAUUCCCAAGACCCUGAAGAUCUCCUGACCUUUCAUCUGGAGUCCCCCUUACUCAUAACAUUCAUUCAGUCGGUGCUGUUUAUUUCAUUAUUGAGCAUCUACUAUGCAAAGCCCUGCCCCAAGCCUGACCCAGCGCUCGGAAUCCCUUUUUUGCUAGGCGCUGUUGCAGAACUCUGGCGCCUAACGACUUCGGCUUCUAUGUCAUAAUGCUGCACGUCUGCGUCAGGCUGCACGAAUAAAACGUUACCUGGUGAAGACUACCUGCAGGGCCAGCCCUUUCUUCUAUCAUGUCCAGUGCCCCUUAACGUCGCCCCCGUUGCUGUUUUCUUGCUCAGUCUGCUGUUCCGGAAGAGGAAGGACCAGACUCCGCAGCCAUAACCCUCAUAGCUUGCGGUCUGUGCCGCACAUGGGGGCGUCUGCCUCCAAGGCUGCCCUCGGGGCUACCACAGAUGAGCCGUCAGAACCGGAGCCAAAACACCUAGCAGAUCUCAUAAAGUACAUAAAUGAAACUAAUAUGAGUGUUGAACAUUUGGCUGAUGUUCUUUGUGAGAAAACCAGGAGCAGCAGCUGGGUGGUGGUGUUCAAAGCUCUGGUUACUGUGCAUCACCUUAUGGUGCAUGGAAAUGAGCGUUUUAUCCAACAUCUUGCAUCUAGAAACUCUUUGUUCACUUUACACAACUUCCUGGAUGAAAGUGUCAUAGAAGGGUAUACUAUGUCAACCUUCAUCAGACGAUAUAGCAAGUACUUGAAUGAAAAGUCGCUUGCAUACAGACUGAUCGCAUCAGACAUCACCAAAGUCAAGAGAGGGACUGAUGGUAUGAUGAGAACCAUGAAUACGGAAGACCUGUUAAAUACCCUUCGAGUCAUUCAAACUCAGUUUGAUGCUCUUCUUAGUUUUAAUGCAAAUCCUGAUGAACUAACUAAUGGUGUAAUACGUGCUGCCUUCAUGCUUCUCUUUAAAGAUUCUCUUCUCCUCUUUGCAGCCUAUAAUGAUGGCAUCCUUAAUCUGCUAGGCAAAUAUUUUGACAUGAGGAGGAACCAAUGCAAGGAAAGUUUGGAUAUUUACAUCAAGUUCCUUGGAAGGACAACCAAACUGGCACAGUCCUUGAAAGUUGCUGAGCAAGUUGGAAUUGACCAGAAAAAAAUUCCAUAUGUUACUGAGGCACCCCACAGUUUACUUGAAGCACUAAAACAACAUUUAGCUUCUCUGGAAAAGAAAAAUGACAUUUUACCUCCUUACAGUCUCCAGUAUGCAUUGAUGCGCUCCAUCCCAAAUAAUCCAUUUGUAAAAGCUUCAGCAAGCAGACCUUCGUCUGCAGUUACAUCACAACCAACAUUACCUUCACAAGCCCUCAAACCUGCUGAAACAAUUGUAGCAAACAACCCAGAUGGCUCACCUGCCAGCCUUGUAGAAAAUCGUAACUUUGGAGAAAGCCUUGUCAACAAAUCUGACAUACAGUGGUGUCAGCCUUCAAAGAUGGAAAUCUCUGGUGGAAUAAAUCAGCAGUUGAAUACCCGCACCUGCACAUCAGCCAUCUGGAAGCCUGCUUCUCUUCCUUCUGUGCUCCACAUGGUACCACCUCCAACUGGAGCUCCUUCUGUAAUGGUUCCUCAACCCAUGUUUUAUACCCAACCAGGCUUAAAGACCAGCAAUCUUUCCACUCCCUUCACAAGAAAUAAGACACAAUCCAUAUAGAAGUACCCAAGCAAAAAGAUUCACAUCCAUAUGUGAAAAAAAAUGAUGCUGUCAACAGCCUGCACCAACUCAUCUACAUCUUCCAAGUGGAAUAAACAUUCAUUUGUGCAUUCAGGGACAGUUUAACUCUUCCUUGCCAAUCUGGAUGCCUUUUAUCUCUUUGUGUUGUCUAAUUGCCGUGGCUAGGACCUCCAGUACUAUGUUGAAUAACACUGGGGAGAGUGGGCAUCCCUGUCUUGUUCCUGAUCUUAGAGGAAAAGCUUUUCACCAUUGAGUGUGCUAGCUACAGAGUUAUUGUAUAUGGCCUUUUUAUGUUGAGGUACGUACCCUCUAGACACAUUUUGUUGAGAGUUUUUCUCAAGAGUGGAUGUUGAAUUUUGUCAGAUGCUUUUUUGGCAUCUAUUGAGAUGAUCAUGUGGCUUCUGUCCUUUUUGUUAAAGUGGUGGAUGAUGUUGAUGGAUUUUCGAAUGUUGUACCAUCUUUGCCUCUUGCAUCCCUCGGAUACACCCUACUUUGUCAUGAUGAAUGAUCCUUUUGAUGUACUUUUGAAUUCUGUUUGCUAAUAUUUUGUGAGGACUCAUGCAUAUAUGUUCAUUAGGGAUACUGGCCUGUAAUUUUCUUUUUUUGUACUGUCUUUGAUGCUGGCUUCAUAGAAUGAGUUUGGAAGUAUUCCCUUCUCUUCACCAUCCCUUCUUGUAUUGGAAUCAUUUCUCUCUUCCUGAAGUACAUCUUUUAGAAGUUCAUUUAGUAUAGUUAUGCUGGUGAUAAACUCAGUUUUUAUUUAUCUGUAAGUAUAUUUCUUCAUGUUCA